GCUAAAGCGACCUUAUUCAGUGGACCACUCAGCAGUCGCGCUCGCCCAGAAGGCUGCCGACCUCGAAAUUUCCCAGGAGCCUUGCGACGAACACCAUCGUCAACACUCCCUUUCCCCAAAAGACAAUCACACACGCCCGGUUGAUACCCACCGCGCGCGCGAGAGACAAUGGGCGUAAUCGAAGAGCAGCGCUACCUUCACGAGGACCUCGAGCGCCUCGAGCAGGGCAUCGCCGACCGCAUCAGCGAGGAACCGAAACACAUCCGCGACCGCCUCAACCGCGACCACGAGAUCGCCCAGCUGCUCGACCAGAUUCAGGCACAGUCUGUCAAGCUCCUCGACAUCUACCACGACGCAGACGGCUAUCGGUCGCGCGAGAUCCAGAGCAUCGGCACCGGCGACCCCUUUGAGCAGUUCUACAGCCAGCUCAAGGAUGUGCGCGAGCACCAUGCAAAGUACCCUAACGAGCAGGCCGAGAACUCGGAGGUGCGUUACCGCGUCAAGAAGCCCGACGACGGCGAGAUCAUGCCCUACAUCGUGGACCGCCUCUUCACCGGCGAGGAGGGCUUCGGCCGCUUCUUCGACCUGCACACCUGCCACGAGUCGUACCUCAACUUGCCCAACGUCAAGCGCCUGUCGUACCUCCAGUACCUCGAGGUCUUUGACAACUUCAGCCCGGGCCACGGUGGCCUGAAGCGCGCCGACAAGCUGACGGACCAGUACUUCAAGUAUGUUGGCGAGCUGGCAGAGUACCUCGAGUCCUUCAUGCGGCGCACGCGACCUCUCGAGAACCUCGACAAGGUGUUCCUCGGCUUCGACAACGACUUUGAGGCGGCGUGGGACAAGGACGAGGUGCCGGGGUGGCAGAAGGAGGACGGCGCCAACAGCACGACGCGGGAGCCCGGCACCGCCGACGCCAUCUGGUGCGACGACUGCGAGAAGGAGUUCAAGAACGAGAACGUCUACCGGUCCCACCUGACGGGCCGCAAGCACAUCAAGGCCGCCGAGGCCCGCAAAGCGCGUCUUGACGAGGCGGCCGGGGACGGGACGAACGGCACCACCAACGGCCACCGGGUGUCGGCUACGCGCCUCAAGGAGCGGGCGGUGGCCGAGCGCGAGUACCGGGUCAAGCGGCUCGCGGCGGCCAUGAGCACGGAGCGCGGCGACACGCGCGUCAACGUCGAGCGGCGGCAGGGCAUGACGGAGCGCGAGCGGCAGCAGGAGCUCGAGAAUAUCAUGAACCUGUCGUACUCGGCGCCAGGCGGCGGCGGCACGCAUGGCGGGGUGGACGACGACGACGACGACGACGGCGAGGACGGCGAGGAGAAGAUCUACAACCCGCUUAAGCUGCCGCUUGCGUGGGACGGCAAGCCCAUCCCCUUCUGGCUGUACCGGCUGCACGGUCUGGGCGUUGAGUUCCCCUGCGAGAUCUGCGGUAACUUUGUCUACAUGGGCCGGCGGGCCUUUGACAAGCACUUCAACGAGGCCAGGCACGUGCACGGCCUGCGGUGCCUGGGCAUCACCAACACGACCCUGUUCCGCGACAUCACGAGCAUCGAGGAGGCGGUCAACCUGUGGGACAAGAUCCAGCGGGAGGCCAAGAAGUCAAAGGUCGACGAGGGCAGCGUGGUCCAGAUGGAGGACGCCGAGGGCAACGUCAUGCCGGAGAAGGUGUACUACGACCUGCAGAAGCAGGGCCUGUUGUAAGUCCGGAAGGGGCCAAGGCAUAUUUCGAGGACACGGGGAAUGGAUGGCAAGGGGAAAGGGGGCUCGCUGGUGUAUAAAACCAUGUAAUCCAAGACGAGAGACGAAAAGGAAGGGAGGGGAGGGGGGGACGACUGUAAAUAAAUGUAGACCAUGUUUUCCUGGUCCCCCUUCCCGGCAGUAAAAUGAGAAGCCUGGGCCAGUACAACAACACCAAAAAGAUGUGGUCAAAAUAUGUAUCCUUUCAGACAAGAAAAAAGAGAGAGAAAAAGACACCUAGAUUUCCACGCG